AGAGAAUGAACAAACUCUAAGCUUAGAUACUGGGGCAUUUAGUGUCAAAGAAGCACCACCAAGUCUUUUCCCUGAACCUUCUGCAACAACACAUUCUCCUGAUAGAGAUAGGAAUGGGACAGCAGGGGGAGAAGAAAAUUCCGCCGCUUCUUCUCCAGAUCGCGAGUUUCUGAGCGAAAUGAGUUCUUUCACCCGAAUUUCGAACGAAAGUAAAAGCAGGUACUCGGUAUUCUCUAGAGAUAGUUCUGUAGAUGUUGGAAAUGAAUCGAGACCCUCAGUAACCAGCAUUUCCUCAUUUUCCACAUCAUCCCGCAGAUACGAUAUAGUUGGACAAAAAUCUAUUGAAUCCCGAGCAAGUGUUACAAGUUUGUGGUCUUCAGAUCUGAGCUCCAGAAGAGAUUCCGAAGCAAUUCCAGAACAUGAGGAAGAUUCCAGUGAUAAAUCUUGUACCUCAGCAACUAGCACUGCUUUGAGUUCUGAUGGAUUAAGAAGAUAUUCUGAAGGAGUAGGAAAGUUCAGGAGAUCAUCAUCGAGAUCAUCACAGAUAAGGAAAUAUGUGAGGAGGUUUCCAUUAUCGAACGAUAGACGAAGAACUACAGGAAGUUUCGACAUCGAAAAUGGCGCAAGCCCAGGCCGCUCACCUCUCGACGCAGUGGCCUCCCCCUCGGCCGGCCUGGUUCUACAGAAUCUACCUCAACGCAGGGAGAGUUUCCUCUAUCGGUCGGACAGCGACUUCGAGAUGUCCCCAAAGUCUAUGUCGAGAAACUCAUCCAUAGCAAGUGAAAGAUUCAAGGAGACUGAAAACAUAUUGGAUAAAUCCCAUGGAGAAGACCUCAUAGUCACGCCUUUCGCACAAAUUCUUGCCAGUUUACGUAGUGUACGCAACAACUUUCAGUGUCUCACCAAUGUGCCCCCAAACAAGUCUAGACGUUCCUCCGUAGCACCCAUGUCGGCCCAACCGAAGGUACCGAAUCUUAACCCUGGAGAUGAUGCAUUUAUGAAAAUGGCUAUGGAAACCAUGGAUGAACUAGAUUGGUGCCUAGAUCAACUUGAAACCAUCCAGACGCACAGAUCUGUCUCGGAUAUGGCGUCAUUGAAGUUCAAGCGUAUGCUGAACAAGGAGCUUUCCCACUUCUCAGAGUCGAGCAAAUCCGGAAACCAGAUAUCUGAAUACAUAUGUUCCACGUUCCUUGGUGAGUAUAUUCAAGCUUCCCCCCCCUGGAACUGAAAUGUAAGGAAAUUCGCG